UCUUUGCUUCUUGGGCUCCUUGACUUGCCUCAAGAAAGCAGCACACGGUCUCCUCGAAAUUCUUGAGGCGUCCGCCGUCCCUCGGGUGUCAGUCGGAUCCAUCGUCGUUCCGUAUCCGUUCUGAUCAAUCCAUCCAUCGGAAUCAUGGACCGGAGCAACUCGUUCGGCGCGUCGUGGGCGGACCAGUGGGACUACGGCGGCGACCCGAGCCCCCGCGCGCGGGGGCGGCAGGACGGCGGUGGCGGCAAGAAGCAGGGCGGCGUGGAGAAGACCAAGGCGGCCGCGGCGACCGGGCUGAAGAAGGUGAAGGAGGGCACGGUGAGCGGGUUCCAGUGGAUCAAGGACAAGUGCCAGAAGAAGAACGGCGGCGGCGGCAGGAAGCAGGAGGGCACCGGGAUCGUUGGGUAUUAGACUCUGUUUACGGACGGGGCGCGCGGUGGUUGUUUGAUUAGGAAACUGACGCUGUUUGCUGCGUCCUACUGUUAUUGGUGUCUGUACAGUUUUGCUGUUGGAUUUAGUUGUCACCUUCCUGUAUAUGAUCGUUUGGAUCCUUCCUAUUGAUUGGUUCUUUGAUUCGUAGCCUA